GACAGCUACGGCCGCACAGCCCUUCUCCUUGCUUCGGGGGCGAGCAAAACAGUGAAGUUGUCGAACGGCCGGGCGGUUCUUGUUACUAACCCAGGCCACACCGAGAGCGUUCGACUGUUGCUGGAAGCUGGCGCUGACAAGGAUACAUCGGAUGAACAGGGACGCACCUCGCUCAUCGAGGCAUCUUUGGGAAAUCAUGCCGAGAUUGCCCAGUUGCUUCUGGAAGCUAGGGCUGACGUACAUGCGCUGGACAACUUCGGAAGAACGGCACUUCUCUGUGCAUCGGGCUGCGGCCACAUGGCCAUCGUGAACUUGCUUCUGGAGGCAGGAAUGGCUGCGCAG